AUGGACUUUGUUGGCGCUAUAGAGCUGCCUGGCGAGGCCAAUCCUCUUGCCCAAGGCAUUCUGUUCCAUGUCCUGCGCUCUGCCUCCUCGUCAGACCCCACCCAGGUCCAGACUGGCACCAAACAGCUUCAGACGUGGGAAAAGGCCCAGGGCUUCUAUCCUCUGUUACAGGCACGUCCCAACUCUGCUUCUGUCUUCGUCGACAAGUCCCUCCCCUUCGAGGUCCGCUACCUCGCCGUCAUCCAGCUCAAGAAUGGCAUCGACAAGUACUGGCGUAAGACUGCCACCAAUGCCGUCAGCAAGGAGGACAAGGCCACCAUACGUGCCCGUUUGCUUGAAAGUGCAGUCAACGAAGCAGACCAUCGCCUGGCCCUGCAGAAUGCUCUGGUGGUCGCUAAGAUUGUCCGCUUCGAGUAUCCGAGCGAUUGGCCUGACCUCUUCCAACAAUUGCUCCAGAUUCUUCGCGCCUCGACCGAACCCUCCGCGUACCGCUUACAACUUCCUCGAGCCCUUCUGGUGCUGCUGUAUAUCAUCAAAGAACUCUCGACCGGACGGCUUCAGCGUACUCGCCAGAGCUUGCAGAGUGUCGCGCCAGAGAUAUUCAAUGUCCUAGGCACUAUAUACCUGAACAAGGUGCAGACUUGGCAGUCCUUCUUCCGUGAAGGCGGUGAGGAUGAAGGCGGUGCCAUGGAGAGCAUCGAGAAUAGCCUGCUAACCAUCAAGGUCCUUCGUCGUCUACUCAUCACUGGCUACGAGUUUCCCGCUCGAGACAAGGAUGUCCAGGAAUUCUGGACGCUGACACGCACCCACUUGGGCGAGUUCUUACAAUACGUCACGGCACAAGACUCCCAAUUGGCCGAGUCGAUACAGAAGAGGAUUGGCAAGCAUCUCAUGCAGCUUUCCAAACUACACAUGAACAUGGCAGCCACCCAUCCCGCAAACUUCGUCCUCUUGCCUCAAUCCUUAGACCUGACGCGCGACUAUUGGACUCUCAUCUCCCGCGUCGGAGAGACUUGGGGAUGCAAGUCGAUAGAGAGCGCAAAGAUUGGCACAGACGGCGAUGCUGAAGACGAAGCGCCGAUUCUGGAGAGGCUAGCCCUAAAGGGACUUCUCCUGAUACGUGCUUGCGUGAAGAUGGUCUUCUACCCUGCCCAGUCCUUCAAAUACAAGCAACAGGCGGAGAAAGACGAAAAGAAUCAGGCCACACAAAUGGUCAAAUCAGAUCUCCUGACUGACGACCUGGUCCGCGAAAUGAUCUCCGCACUCGUCACCCGCUUCUUUGUCUUUCGACCUAGCGAUCUUCGUAUGUGGGAGGAGGAGCCCGACGAGUGGGAGAAGAUGGAGGAGGGCGGCGAAGACUGGGAGUUUGCCAUCCGACCUUGCGCCGAGAAGCUGUUCUUAGAUCUUGCGAAGAAUUUCAAACAGUUGAUCGUUCAACCACUGCUCCAAGUCUUCUACACUGUUGCGACUCCCGACAAUGAGGACGUUCUUUUCAAGGAUUCGGUAUACACAGCCAUCGGCCUUGCUGCUGACAUUCUACACGAUCAAGUCGACUUUGACUCCUUUCUUGACAACACCUUGGUCGCCGAGGUCGGAAAGCAAAAGCCAGGCUACAACAUCAUACGGCGCCGUAUUGCCAUCAUCAUCUCUCAAUGGAUCUCCAUCAAGAUUGCAAAGGAGAAGAAGCCGAUCGUCUAUCAGAUUUUUCAGCAUCUCUUAGAUCCCACCGAUCCGCUCAACGACCAGGUUGUCCGUGUGACGGCUGGGAGGAAGUUCAAGGACGUGGCAGAUGAAUGGGAAUUUCAUGCCGACAACUUUCUACCAUAUGCGCCUGUCAUGCUCGAGAGGCUGAUGGCUUUGGUACAAGAGGUGGAGCUUCCAGAGACCAAGAUGGCGCUGCUCAACACCAUCAGUAUCAUCGUUGAGCGACUGGAACAUCAUAUUACACCCUACGCAAACAGCAUCGUCUCCCUCCUGCCACCGCUCUGGGAGCAGUCUGGCGAAGAGCAUUUGAUGAAGCAAGCGAUCCUGACUGUCCUUGCCCGUCUGACUAAUGCGAUGAAGGCAGACUCGCGCACAUUUCAUGUCUCCUUCUUGCCAAUCAUUGAGAGUGCGAUUCAGCCUGGCUCAGACACACAAGUCUACCUUCUCGAGGACGCAUUAGAUCUCUGGGCCUCCAUCCUCGCACAAACACCAUCAGCCCCUGAACCUACACCACCUGAGCUCCUCAACCUGCUACAAUACCUUCUUCCACUAUUCACCAUGGACAACGAGACGCUUAGAAAAGCAAUUGAGAUUACCGAAGCAUACCUCCUCCUGGCACCUGCCGCGGUCCUCGCUGACGACUUCCGCCCCGCCAUGCUUCACGCUCUUGCUGAGCUUCAAGGUACCCUAAAGCCAGAAGCAAAUGGUAUCAUGACCCAUCUCGUGCAAUGCAUCAUCCGUGGCGCUGAGGGUGUCGGUGGAGAACAAGCCAUCAAAGUCCUGGCCAGUGAUCUCAUCUCCACUGGUUUCCUAGCCAAAGUACUCGAAGGCCUGCACGGCGCAUGGACCCAUCAUCAGUCCCAUGGUCCGUACCGCGAACUACCUUCACGCGCUGUUGAUGGCGUAGUAGAAACAGACUAUUUCACCGUGCUUGCACGUAUCGGUCUUGCAUCGCCGAACACGCUACUCGAAGCCCUAUCGUCGGUGAGCAACGAAAGCCUGGAAAAGACACUCGACUGGCUGCUGGAAGAAUGGUUCAGCCACAUUGAAAACAUUGGUGAUGCACCAAACAAGAAACUCAUGACGCUCGUGUUGACGCGCUUCUUGGAAUCAGGACAGGAGUGGAUGUUGGGACGUUUGCAGAACUUGUUCGUCGUCUGGACAGACGUGCUGGGUGAGCUCCUCGAGGGAAUGGAUGAUAGGAGCCAAGACUCCCUCUUCUGGCCUCCAGAACCCUAUCACCCCACCGAACCCGAAGCCCCAGAGGACAUUCGCAAGCGCGAGCUCAUCUACACGGAUCCAGUGCACCGUAUCAACCUCGUUGCGUUUGUGAGGGAGCAUAUUCAGGGCGUUGUGCAGGCUGUGGGCGGCGAGCAGCUGUUCCAGGAGGAGUGGUUGGCUAGGGUGGACAAGGACGUUUUGAAAGGGUUUGGGGAGUUGGGAAUCAUGUGA